CCCCUUAUAUCAGGUGUCCCUAACAGAGUCCCUCCUUAUAUCAGGAGUUCUUCUCAGAGUUCCUCCUUACAUCAAAAUUCCUAUAACAGUCCCUCCUUACAUCAGGUGUCCUCAUCAGAGUGUCCCUUACAUCAACUCUCCCCCAUCAGUGUCCCCCCCCUUACAUCAACUGUCCCCAGUGUCCCCUUACAUCAACUGUCCCCAUCUGAGUGCCCCCAUCUCAGUGUCCUCUUACAUCAGGUGUCCCCUUACAUCAACUGUCCCCAUCAGAGAGUGCCACCUUACAUCAACUGUCUCAUCAGAGUCCCCUUACAUCAACUGUCCCCAUCAGAGUGCCCCCUUACAUCAAUUGUCCCCAUCAGAGUGCCCCCUUACAUCAACUGUCCCCAUCAGAGUGCCCCCUUACAUCAACUGUCCCCAUCUGAGUGUCCCUUUACAUCAACUGUCCCCAGUGGAGUGCCCCCUUACAUCAACUGUCCCCAUCUGAGUGUCCCUUACAUCUGUCCCCAGUGUGCCCCCUUACAUCAACUGUCCCCAUCCAUGUAGAGUGUGUCCCCUUACAUCAACUGUCCCCAUCAGAGUGCCCCUUACA